UGUCCACCUACACAGGUGUUUUCUGGACAGUGGAGGCAUGCACAAGAUGUGCUUGAUUAACAUGUCCACUGCUCUUUAGUUACACCUGUUCAGGGUGGGAUAACUUUAUCAUCCUUGUUGCUAUGCUCAAAUUGGUGAUGCUACAUAAUUCCUAGCAUAGCUCCAUCCAAUUUCACCUGAGAGUCACCCUUCACAAGUCUUACCAGGUUAACUCAAAACACCUGUGUGGGUGUGCAGGUCUUAAAACAGACAGGUGCCUAGAACUGCUGGCUGGAUGUUCUAACAGCUUCGCAACCACCCUUUAAAAUUAGUAACAGUAAAUUAAAUGCAAGACAUUCAGUUGAGUAUUUUUCACUGAGUAUCUGAAUAUUUCUUCCAACACUGAAUAUAAUUGAGCUUUCAGAAACACACAUGUGUAUAUCUAGAACAUGUGCAGUUCAAUUUGGGGAAUGCAACUAUAAUAAUAAUAGAUCACUGCAUAUGGAUGGAGAGUCAAAGACAUAGGAAAAGAAAUAGACGGAAAACAUGAAUAUAGAGGGAUAAUUUCACAAGCAGCAAGUAUCAGCUGCACAGUUAAAAACAAACACAUUUUCACCAUUUUCAUUUCCUGUGUGCAUUAGUCUCAAAUUGUUUUACUGUUUACAUUUGUACUGACUUAUCAGCUUGUCAGUCAUCUGUCAGGCGCUUUGUACUGCAAUGACCUGUACCAAAGGUGCUAUACAAAUAAGGUUUGAUUGAUUGAUUGAUUGUGUCUCUUCUGCUUUAAAUCUCCAUAUGCGCUAUGAGCGUAACUGACGGAGCUCUCGCGCAUUCUACGUACGUGUUCUACGCAGCGGCGGAGCAGGAAGAACUACAAGGCUAAACCUAAACGCUGUCCAGAAAAGACGUUUUCUUUCUGUUAGUUACUGACGAACAAGCCCAGCUAAAGCUCGGCGGGAAGGACACGCACUGACAGUCUCCAGUGACUGUUUAUUUGCAGCAGCUGUGCGGUGACCUGCGUUAUUCCACAUACAGCAGCAGAUGAAAGAAGCAAUGCCUGAGAAACAUGUCUCACAAAGAAGAUAAUGAAGGGAAAAAGAGUUCUCACCACACCGAAUUGUACGGCAGCAUCCCUCCAAGAUGUCUGCCGAUUGUGUACCACCCAGACUACAACAUCACCUUCAUGGGCCUUGAAAAGCUCCAUCCAUUUGAUGCGGGGAAGUGGGGGAAAGUCAUUCACUUCUUGAAAGAGGAGCAGUUCAUCACUGACGGGAACAUUGUUGAAGCCCGUGAAGCUACUGAAGAGGAUCUGCUGGUGGUUCACACCAAACGCUACCUCAACAGAUUAAAGUGGUCUCUGGUGGUGGCAACAAUUACAGAAAUCCCACCUCUCCUGUUUCUGCCUAAUUUCCUGGUGCAGCGAAAGGUGUUGAAACCUUUGCGGACACAGACAGGAGGAACAAUAAUGGCAGGAAAACUGGCUGUUGACCGAGGAUGGGCCAUAAAUGUAGGAGGAGGCUUCCACCACUGCUCUAGUGACAGGGGAGGGGGCUUUUGUGCCUACGCUGACAUCACUCUGGCCAUCAAGUUUCUGUUUGAGAGAGUGGAAGGCAUCUCCAGGGCUACCAUCAUCGAUCUGGAUGCUCAUCAGGGAAAUGGACACGAGCGUGACUUCUUGGAUGAUAGACGAGUGUUUAUCAUGGAUAUGUAUAAUCGCUACAUCUACCCCGGGGAUGGAUAUGCCAAAAGAGCCAUAAAGAAGAAAGUGGAGCUGGACUGGGGCACUGAGGACUCAGAGUACCUUCAGAAAGUAGAGAUCCACUCCGAGGGAGCGCUGAACGAGGUCCGUCCUGACAUCAUUGUCUACAACGCAGGGACAGACGUCUUGGACGGGGACCCACUUGGAGGACUCUCCAUUUCACCACAGGGCAUCGUGAAGAGAGAUGAGAUUGUGUUCAGGGCCGCGAGGCGACGGGGCAUCCCCAUACUCAUGGUGACAUCGGGGGGAUACCAGAAGAAAACGGCACGCAUCAUCGCCGACUCCAUCCUCAACUUGCAGCAGCAGGGCCUGAUAGGAGCAGAGGCGCUGGAGGGGGAGGGAUCAUCAUCAUCGCUGGUGUCCAGCAUGAUGUACACCUCUGGACCGGCUGGAUCGAGAUUCACAGCUGUCUGAAGGUUUAACACUCACAGGUGUUGUGACACUUAAAGGCACUAAAGUAACUUUAUAUCGUGCGGUUACUGUGUGACAGCAGUGAUGAUGUUGUCAGGUUAUUGCUGUCACACAGACAUUUAUGACGGCAAGGUUACACCAGGCGUGUUUGCACGUAUAAAACAAACAAAAAAAUGAGCUCUGGUAAAUUUUUUUACAUUUUUUAUGUAUAAAGGGGCAGUUAUUCAAAGGGAAUAAUCAUUCAAAGAGAAAAAUGAUACUGAAACAAUAGCAUUCUCCAGCUGAUUUCAUAAGGUCUCACUUGCCACAAAAAGAGCUGUUUAAACUUUAAUCAGUGAGGGAGUGAUGGGUUUUAUGUUUAAUUUAUGUUCGGGGCAACAUUUUAGAGAGGUACUCUUUCAUCUCAGGAAAUGUAAUAAUGUAAUUUGUGAAAGAUAUGAUAUAUUAAUAGUCCAUGAAAUGAUACAGAGGUCUGAUAUUCUUACAGAUACAUGGGAAGUGUAUUAAUUAUCCUCCAUCUCAGUUUAUGCUUAUGGAGGUGAAACACGAAACGCACAUGAAAGAAUUAUUGAUGUUUAAACCCCCUACAGAAGAUAAUGUCAUCUUCAUUCCUCAUUAGAAUUUUGUUUUAUCAUUUCUAGUAUCAGAUUGGUGUUUUUUCUCCAGAUAAUAUAAUCAUCAUCAUAAAGCUAACAGUGUGUCAUUAAUCAAGUUCAACCAUUAAUUGUUUUUUUGUACUAUAUGCACUUGGUGCUUUAUAUCUGCUCUGAUUUUUGCAGUUAAUGUUUACAGAGAGCCUAAUAUGAUUUUAAUGUACUAAAGUAUUUUGUCUUUAUCUUUGAACAAAUCUGAAACAGUAAAAUAUGUGGCUCUCAGCACUUUAACUGAUGUAUGGUGAAAGUAAAGUUCACCGACAUUCCCCAGCUCUUGAAAACUGAUGUUGCUGCAGUGUGUUCUUGACAUGAACAGAUCAAAGUCUGAAAACUGUAAAGUCUUCAUUGAUUAAUGAGCAGGCCAGUACUCUGGAGCUUUUCAUGGGUUUUUACUUCUGAUCGGUUUGCGGAAGUCAAACACACAGAACUCCCAUAAUGAUGUUCACAUACGGGAGAUGUGUAAAAAGGGACAACACAGAAAAAUAUUGGAUCAAUACGAUUAAUGCAGUAGCUGGAAGAAUAUCACAUUUCCAACAGCCUCUCAUCAAGCACAUACAGAAAACUAAGUAUCUGUACAGGUGCGUGUUUGUGUGUGAUUUUAACUAAACCAUUUAAGUUUGAAUUUGAGUUCAUGUUAAAGUCCAGUCUAUUACAACUUGGAUCUUGUUUUGAGAGUGUUGGUCAUCGUUCCCAUGAGUAAUAACGUUGUACUCAUGAAGUUACUUGCUGAGAACAUGAUGACAUCACUAAAAAAGAAUGAGGUAGGGAAGGACGAGCAGCCAGACGAUCAGACAGGUUGUAAGCAAAACUAAUCGAAUCCAGGCCUCUGAAUCAAAGGCCACGUCACAGGUUUGUACAGUGAUUCAAAUACAAUCAGCCGUGUCCCCCAAUUAAAGAAACAAUCAGCUUAGCAGAGCUUUAUAGGCAAGAUUAAGAAUGGGAGCGUUGUCUUCCUGCAUAGCUAACCACCUAUUUACAUCCAUGAAAAAUAGCAACACAAAAAUGGCAACACAGCUGUACUGGAUAUUUGCAGGUCAAUUUACAGAAAUAACAACUGUUAAAUGAGCAUAUUUCUCCGAUUGAUGUGAAAACCGUAACUGCUCCUAACGACCAUUACUCUCUCUUUAUCGCUCUCAAUUUGCCAAUUGUCUGUGUCGAUGCAUGUUACAUGUUGCAAGUAGAUACACAGUUCCCACAGGGAACCAUGUAUCCAAAGCCUUAUAUUAGCCUGGCUAGCAGUCAGUAAUGGAAUGAAAUAAAGCAAAACUUGCAAAAGGGGAGCUUCUUAAAAUCCCCAGUAGUUGGGGGAAAGCCAUUGCCUUGUUCUGACAGCAGAGAAAAACCUUCAACUUUCCUCCACAGCUACCUUGAAAGAGCAUCAUUAGUUAGCUGGUCUGACAUGCACACUCUGGUUGGCCCACACAGUACUGUUGGGUUAGGGCAAAAUAAAACAAAACAAAACAGAAAUUGACUAAAAUGAACACAAUGUCAAACUAAAUUAUAGAAGUUAAAUGAAAAGGCAAUUCAUUAAGAUUAUCAGACCAAAACAAACCCCAAGGUUAGUUUAAAAUACUCAAAGACAAAAUAAAGGUGAACAGUAAAAUUGUUACCCAAAAUAUCCGUUGUUAACAACCAGCACAGUUCAGACUUCUCUUACUUAACUUGACUUAAGACUUCCCGGUUCAACGUGGACCUAGCGUACUGCCAUAGUUGUGCACACACAGUUUUCCAUUGCAAUAAGGGAUUAUUAACAACAUUUGGGAUGUGUUCACUUUCAGUUUUACCUCCAAAUAAAGCAGGUGGCUUUCUGACCUGUCUGAUCUACUGACUGCUCAUGUUUUUUGCCCAUGGUGUUACCAUGUUACCGUGUUUCCAGAUCUCAGCAAUUGCAUUAUCACAGCUGAUGAAAACUACAAAAAUAAGAGCCAAGUUGCAAUAAACACUCCUGUCAUCAUGUAAAGUACAGAAAUGUUCAUUCUUGAUGUUUAGGAGACAGUUUGGGUGUGACAUUAGUAAGUUCUGAGUCAUUACUUUCUGGGUGGAAACAUGUCCAUAUCAGAAUUUGACAAAAAUGCUAAAUAGUGUUUUUUGUUUUUUCAAUAUUGAAAUCUUAUCUAGCACAGCUUUUGCCAUGCUAACAUGGCAUCCCUAAUUACAGCAACAACCUGGGGGAGUAGAGUUGUUGCAGAAGGAAGGAAGGUUUCUGUUCACACCUGGGAUUUGCACGGUAUAAGACAUGUACGGUUAUCUUCUAAAUAGCUGUAGCAUAGAGAGAUGUAGGCAUCAGAGAUCUGAAACACUGUGUGUUGGGAGCGAUAAGAAAGCUCAGGGAAUAGUUCGACAAGAUGAAACUGUUGACCAAAUUAGAAGAGAUGUUAAUGUUGCUGUGAAUGUUGCGAAGGGGCAGUUUUUACAAUAAUAAAACCACAUCCUCUGUGGACUUUUUGCGGCUGAGUGGAUGAGAAGUGGCAGCUGGCAGGUGCUGCUGUAAUGAUUUUCUAAUGUAUUUUCACUGCUCACUUAUCUUCCACUGCUCUGGCUUUGCUCUGCUGUUUAAAAAAAAAAAAAAGUUGCAAAAGUUAGGAGUGGAGUACAGACUUAGAUCAUUUAAAGGAUUAAAAGGCGUAUCUUUGAACAGCAUGAAAAGAAGUGUUGGGAUGCUUAUCCAGGAAGCUGUUUGGACACAUUCAUAAUGAAACUGAAAAGAGGGCCAUAUUAGCGAUGUCAGUGCUAAUUAGCUAAAGCCUUUGAUCUGGCAUGCUGCUUUUGAAUGCGGCUGAAAGGUUUAGUGCAGUCUACCUUUAAUUAGGACUCAGAAUAUAUCAUUUAUUGUAUGCAGGCCUGUCCUUAAUACCCUCCCUCCCUGCCAUCCCAGAUUCCAGCUCAUCAGCUCCUUUCUGUGUCAGCCAGCAUUUUAGCCGUUUGAGUUGAUUGAACGUUGCGUGCCAAAAAUAACACUGAAGUCUUCAAAGCUGUACUGUAUAUUUUUAGGUGUAUUUGUGGUUUGUGCUGACAUUGAAAACUUCUAUGCAUUUGACAUUUAAUAAAUGUGAGAACAACCUAAAA